CAUUAUUAGAACAGUUGAAUUUAGCCUCGAGUGCUGCGUAGACGUAACGUCCCCUGCGAACUUAAUUUUUUAGCAACAACGCGUUUAGAAAUAUUUGAAGUAGUAAAAGAGUAUUUUGCUUGUUGAAACAAUUGUGUCUCAUACGACAAAGAGUGGGGUACAGGAUCAAUUAGCACGAUGACACGAAAAAUGGAAUUGCCGGGAAAGGCCGUCAGAAAGUCCAGCUAUUGGAACAGACAAAUCUUCUAUGCGUGUUGCGUGUUGGUUCUGAUGGCGGUAGCUUUUGCAGCGCUGUACUGUGGCGUACUAUACGGAUUGAAAGAUGAUACAGAAUUAACUACCGAGAAUAACGUCACGUCGAGUGAGAAUCGCAUUCCGAUUUCGCCACAAUUCGUUGAAAUCAAUCCGCCAACGCCCCCGCAACCGAUGAGUAACUCGACAACAAAUGCAGAUGUUGAAAACGUGCCCUACGUCACAGAGAUGAUUCCAGCACCGACAUCGUCAUCGAAGGUGAUGUCGGGAUCGCAGUGUGUUCCCCGCAAUUUAGCCUAUUGCAACAACACGCUCAAUUACACGGAAACGGUUUAUCCGAAUUUGUCGGGCGACCUGUCGGAAGAUGAUUUCGUCAGAAGCUGGGCGUUCCUGCAAACCGUCAUCGAUUCGUAUUGUCACCCGUUGAUUGAACAGUUUGUCUGUCAAGCAGCGCAGCCAGAAUGUCGUCCAAAUGACAAAAUGCCAAUCGGUCCCUGUCGUCAACUUUGCCUCGAGGUGGCCAAGGCUUGCGAUCCUCACAUUUGGUCGAUUUUGGAGAAGGAGAAGAUGAUGUUCAACUGUGAGCAGUACGCGAUGGUCGACGACCUGAAUUUGUGCUUCCAUUCGAUGCCAGUAAUUACGCCAAGCUACGUCAAUGCAAAAAUGUAGCUCUCUUGGCUAUUACCAUUGAAUCAUUGAUCAAUUCUUGACUGGUGGCCGUAGGACAUUUUCAUUUCCAGACACGCACAUAACUAAAAGAAUAUAAUAUGAAAUUUCCAGUACGUCAUAGCAGUCCUGUUAACUCUUAAAUUAUAUGUCGAUAGGCUAUAUCCAGCGUUUUCUCAAGUUAUCUUUGAUUUUGGUCCAUUAUUUUAGAGAUUAUGAAUUAACCCUCGAAAUUCCUGUUUUAUUAUAGUGUUCCAGGCGGUUCCAGGUAAACUUAUUUUUCUUGUGGCUGGUAUAAAUUGCCUCGAAUUAGUACAUUUUCAUUUAACCCUGUUUGACCUUGGAAAACUCGUUAUUAUGUGCAUCAAGAUUGCGAAACGCUCUUUUCAUAUACGAAAUACUAAAUUGCUAAUACAGCCAAGCAAAUUUUUGUGCAGCGCAUUCACGUGCCAAAUAUAAUUGCUUUUCUUAUUACUUCAUCGAAAAUACAAUAGAUGGAAAUUU